CUCUCUCGCGCGCGCCUCAGCUGUAGCGUGUCACGGCUCCAAACUGCUCCAAAGUGUUGCUGAGGGGAAAAAUCACUCUGAACGGGAAAAAUAUCAGUGUUAUACUUGGAGUUCACACAAGCAUGGAGGGAUACGAACAAGGUGCUCAGAGGCCCGACUCCAUCCCAGAAGUGGGUGAAGAUGCAGCGAACACAGUACAGCCUGCCUCUGACACAUCCCUUACUGAGGAGGAGCAAGAGGAGCUACGCAGUGAACUGGUGAAGGUGGAGGAGGAAAUCCAGACUCUUACUCAAGUGUUGGCUUCCAAGGAGAGACACUUGGCAGAGAUCAAGCGGAAACUGGGUAUCACUCCAUUCAACGAGCUCAAGCAGAACCUGAGCCGAAGCUGGCAGGAAGUAACUACAUCCACAGCGUAUAGGAGGACCUCAGAAACGCUGAGCCAAGCUGGCCAGAAAGCCACAGCAGCAUUCUCCAGCGUGGGUUCAGCCAUCAGCAGAAAGCUAGAGGAUGUCAGUAUACGCUCCAUACAUCACUCCUCUAGCAUGCCUGUGAUGAGGAACACUCCCACCUUCAAGUCAUUUGAGGAUAAAGUGGAGACUUUAAAGACCAAGGUGAGCCCCACUGGAUCAUCCACCGAGCUUGGGAAUGAGUCCGACUCGACGGCGAGCGCAGAGCCGGUGGUCGAGCAGCCAGGCGGGACGACUGUUCUGGCUCCAGAGCCACACUGAGGAACAGCUUCUUCACCUUGCGCCAUUCUUCCCUUCUUCUACCCUUCCUCCCCUCUGCUUCUUCCCUCCAUACUUAGCUGAAAAACAAAACCGAUGCUCUGUGCUCACUUUCUUUCCCUCAACCUAGUUAGGAAAGAUUGUGUUCAUAGGAAAUAUUAUCAUGGUGGACACAAGAAGAGUAGAAAGAUGAGCUUUACGAGUCCACAGUUUUCUUAAAACCACACGUUGAUCUGUUUUUCGCACUACAUUGGUUCAUGGUCCUCCGAGAUCCGUUAACAUUUCACCUUCUGAAUGUUCUCACGAGUCUAGAACGUGGUAGGCCAACACUGGAACUGAUCUCCAGUCAGGUGGAGAUGAUUGAAGACCUGAGGCUUCACAAAUUUUUAUGUGACUCCUGUUAUCUACUUGGUUCUCUUUCCCCCCAAACCCUAACACACACACACACACACACACACACACACACACACACACACACACACACACACACACACACACACACACACACACACACACACACACACACACACACACACACACACACACACACACACAAAAAAAAUAAAAUAAGGCCAGUGUGCCCUUCAUGGGCUCAGAGACAUAGGGGUUUGAGGUCUACACUGGUAUCAGCCCACAGAUAUAUGCAGUUUUGCUGUAAAGGGCAAACAGUGACGCUAUUAGAAGACCAGAUAUGACUUUUCAAACAGAUAAUGUUUUUGUAUUCAUUACAUUUCCCUCAUAAAACACUGCCAUAGAAAUGCACUUAGAGGCUACGAUAAAUGGUAUCUCCUACUGUUUAAUAUCUCAUAGCAAAUUACUACAUAUCUGGAAAAUACUUUUUUUAAUGUGCGUGUUGUGGAUUUACCUUUAGGUUUUGCCUCUUGCUCUUUAAGAAUACAAAUGCCAAAAAAUAUAUAGCGUAAAACCUUUUGUGAACAGAAGCCUUUGUAUGUCAUUUAGAUGAGUAAUGCUGGAUCAUAGUAGUCAAAUCUCUAUAGGAUGUAUAUAAUUUAAACAAAAGUAGGUUUAUGUAUUAACAAAAAGUUAAAAUGUUGUAAACAAGUAAGUGCUCAGUGCUAUGUGUAGAAUUGAGAGAGAAAUCGAAAGUAAUUGCCAACAUUCAAUGAGAGUCUACUAAAUCUAAGAAGGAACAUUAUGGGUAUGUAUAGAUAUUAAAAACUAGAACAGUUUUCACAAUGAAACAAAGCUAAGCGAAAGAAGUCAAAAAAAAAAAGUAUCGGCCAUUUAUUCCUGCAUGUAGCGCCACCUCUGUUUGGAGUGGACGCAUGGUACGACGUGUGGGGAAUAAAACACGACACGGCAUGCUGUUGUCCAGCGUCACACUAUCACCUCCACAAGGUUGAUUUUGUAGUUCAUUUCACCAUAACAGCAUGUCCUUAAGUGUUUUUUUUCCCCUUCAUACUACAGCAGUUUGCCAACGAUGAAAUGUUUUAUUCAUCAAAGAACCACACACCACUUUUUAUUCAUUUUUAUAGUUACACUUCAUGUUUUUCAGUGUCUGUGAAACACGCUGGUUCAAUUCCUCUUUUCACUCACCAUAUAGCAGCUAUAAACAGUCGUUUCCUCGUCAGCUUCUCUUUUUUCCCCUCUCUUGAACCUAAUACAAAAUAUGCAGCUUGUAUUGAGAAGCACUGCUACAGAGCGCUGACACUAGAGACUCCCUGCUAAAAACGUCUCGUCACAGAAGACUUUUACCAUGUUAACAGUCACGUUUUUAAUCCAUUUAUGUGGAGUGUCUUAUACAAUUCCUUGUCUACAUUGUUAACUACAGAAAUCAUAACAUAUUGAAUUGUGCAUUAUUAUAAAUUGUCUUGUCAUUUGUCAGCGCGGUUGUAGAAGUCAUUUUAUUUCACUAUAAUAAGGUCAUACGUUCAGCAGUUUGUGACAUUUCAUUCCCGAGGUCUUUGAGCAUAACGUUCAUUAAUCUUAUAAGCACAACUAGUUUUUAUCUCGCAGGUUCUGGCUUUUCUUAAGAACAAGAGAACAUUUCCAUUCAGUUGUUUAUAAUCUAAAAAUAUGGCUCCAAAUCUACUUCAGGAUUCGGCGAGUCCAAUUUUUUUCUGUCCUUGAUCCACUUCCAUGUAAACAUGAGCUAUAGACUUUCUGAUUAACAUGUCUCAGGUGGGGUUUGGAUGUUUGAAAUGGAACAAAUGUGGUCAGAACUUACUUCUGUUUUGUACUGUUAUCAUUAUCGACUUUUUAUAUCUCAUUUCGAGCCUCACAGAAGUAACACAGAUUGGAAAUGACAGACAAAUCUCAAAGUAAAGGCACCACAUGGACAGGGUGGAGUGAUUUUCCUUGGCUUCUAUGGUUGUUAGAUGUUCCUGAUAUUAUUAGACUAGAGUUUUUUAUUAACAAAGAAGAGCGUAUCUCAUUAUAUUCACUAUUUUGAGUUGUGUGUAGAAAUUCACAUAUGAACAUUUUGAUAAAGUGUAUUAUAAAUUAGAGGCUAAUAUAAUUGUGUAAGCCUUGAGUGGGCAGGCUUUAUUUUUUCCUGUAGCACUAAGCUGCUGUAUUGCAAUGUAGUGUUUAGCAUCAUAGGAAAUUGACAUGGGCUGUAUGGACAUGACUUUUUUUUUGGUUUUCAGUUUCUUACCUUUUCAUAUGCAGCAGCAAUGAUCUUUGUCUGUAUAGCUCCCAUUUCUUUUAUGCUGGACAUUGACCUCUCUAUUUAGUAAAAUACUUUUUUUUUUUUUUUUUUUUUUUAAAGGAUAUAAUUGUACCCUGGAUAUUAGUUAUUAAUGACUUUGUUUAACAGAUUAUGGUUGGGUGAAGUUGCACAUCCAGAAUAAGUCCUGUUCAUAAUUACAGCUCAGGUGUCCUGUGUUUCUACUGAUAAACUUUUUUUUUUGCACUGGCUCUGCCCUGUACAUCUUUAACAAGCGUUCUCAUUCUCUGCAAGCAAAAUCAGUGUAGUUGAUUCAAGAUGGAAAAUGCUAAAUCAACUGUUUGAUUUUUUGUAUGUCUGCUCCUAAAUAAAGCAAAAUAAUUAUAUUCUCAGCA